AUGUUUGGAGGUGUGCGGUUUGGUGGAUUUGGGUUUUCAGGGCCUUCCCUUACAUGGGAUAGCAGGAAAAGCGUUGGGUUCACGGAGGAAAGGCUCGAUUAUUUUGUCGCUAGGGAGAACUGGACGGAGCUAUUCCCGGCAGCUCAGGUGAUACAUUUGGAUGUUAAUAGGUCAGACCAUAGACCUCUUAUAUGUGAUACUAGAGGGGAAGAUGAUGAAGCGAUUAAAUGGGGGCAGAACUUCAAAUUUGAACCUCACUGGUCAAAGCAUAAAGACUGCCCGCGGAUAGUCGAAGAGGCAUGGAAAAAUUGGGGUGCUAGUGUUCUUGACAAGAUAACAAAUUGCCGAAGCAAGUUGGAUACAUGGAGCCAAACCACCUUUCCAAAUUUUGCAAAGCAGAGGAACCAAAUAAAGAAAGCGUUGAGGGUGCUUGAGAGAAGUGAGAAGACACCGAUGAUAAUUCAACAAAGACAGGCCUUGGAAUCAGAGUUAGAUGAAGCUUGA